CUCCCCCCCCUCCCCCUCAAAAACCGACUCCUCUCCCUUCCUCUCCUCUCUAUAUACAUCCAUUGCAUACUAUAAACCUUCUCUCUCUGUGUAUAUCCUACUCAAUACUCCCCCAACCCCCAAGAUUGUUACACCGCACACGUCCAUAUCUAGCUAUAUAUACAUAUUAUACCUCUUUCCCUCGCUAUCUAUUUAUAUAAAAAAAAAAAGAAGGGUUGGUUCUUUGCGAUCUCAUACUUACUGAUUUCAAAAUUCCAAUGGCAGAACACCAAGCUCACGGCCAGCACCAGCCCCGUUCCCACCAGGUUGUCAAGGCUGCCACCGCCGUCACUGCUGGCGGCUCCCUCCUCGUUCUCUCCGGCCUGACUUUGGCUGGCACCGUGAUAGCUCUCACGAUCGCUACCCCUCUUCUGGUGAUAUUCAGUCCCGUGCUGGUCCCCGCAGUGAUCACGGUGGCCUUACUGACCAUGGGGUUCCUUGCCUCGGGCGGCUUCGGGGUGGCUGCUUUGACGGUGCUCUCCUGGAUAUACAGGUACGUCACCGGGAAGCACCCGCCGGGAGCUGACCAGAUCGACCAUGCCAGGAUGAAGCUCGCCAGCAAGGCCAGGGAGAUGAAGGACCGUGCCGAGCAGUUCGGUCAGCAGCAUCUCACCACCGGCCAGCAACAACAAACUUCCUAAGAAGAGUACUGCAAGCGUGCACUGCUGGCAUGUGUGGGAAUAUUUGAAUAAAUUUGCGAGUGGUUGUGAUCGAGCUAGCGGCUGGGUUCUCUCAUCUCAUUUACGUGCAGUUUGAUCGAUCGGUGCGUGUUUACAUGCGGUGGUGUUUUGUUUUGUACUGGCUAGUGUUUCUUAUGCGUUGUUUGGUGUAUAAGUCUCUCCCGUUGGCCACAAAUGGAGAGAGCUACUCUUUUCAAUUUCUAGUUUUCAAUGUAUGGACCAUAUCGAGUGCCUGAGAGUUUUUAUCUCUUUAUGUUUCUAUAUGUUAAUAAUGGUCAUCUGCCUCUUUCUUUUUC